AUGAGCUCCCGGCCGCAUGUUGGUAUCAUUGGUGCCGGCUUUGCGGGUCUGCGCUGCGCUGAUCUCCUCAUUCAAAAUGGGGCAAAGGUCACCAUUCUAGAAGCUAGGGAUCGCAUUGGUGGGAGGGUGUAUCAAGAUGUGUUGGAAGGUCAUACAGUGGAUAUGGGAGCAAACUGGAUCCAUGGCCAGGGCGAGAACCCCAUCAUGACAAUGGCUCGGGAGACCCAGACUGUCACUUGGGACCCCCAGGGAGGAAAUUUCCUUGUUUCUCGCGAUGGCAAGUAUGUCAGUGAGGAACUUGGAACCAAGAUCACCGAAUUCGUGUGGAAGACCAUCGCCGAUGCCUUCACAUACAGCAAUGAGCGCGGAGAGAGCAUCCGGCCCGAAGAAAGUCUGUAUGAUUUCUUCUUAAUGAAGCUGCGGGAGGCUUCCUUCUCCAAGGAGGAAGAGCAGAUGGUUUUGGAUACAUGCAAGCUCUGGGGUGCCUAUGUAGGCGAGCCUAUCGAGAGACAAAGCUUGAGAUUCUUCCGUCUGGAAGAAUGCAUUGACGGAUAUAACUACUUCGUAGCGGGCACCCACAAGCGCAUCCUAGAGCAAGUGGCCAAGAAAGCCCAGUCCCACGCCGACAUCAAACUGAACCACCCCGUCGUCAAAAUCGAAGCCCCGCCUCGCAAGCACGACACAGCAAUUAACCAGCACCAAGUAACCGUGACAACAGCCACAGGAGCCCGCUUCACCUUCGACGACCUGGUAAUCACCUGCCCCCUCGGCUGGCUAAAGCACAACACAGAAGCCUUCACACCAGCCCUCCCACCCCGCCUCACAAAAGCAAUCGAAAGCCUCUCCGUCGGCCGCCUGGAGAAAAUCUUCGUGAAAUUCCCCCGCGCCUUCUGGCAAACAGACCCCAGCAACAGCAGCAGCAACACAAGCAACCCCACCGACUCAACCCUCCCCACAAACCCAACCUUCACCCAAUUCCUCGACCCCUCCUACGCAGAGCACCCGCCCCAUCUAGAAUGGAACCAAGAAUGCCUCUCAAUGGCCUCCUUCCCCUCGCCCUGCGCCCACCCAACCCUCCUAUUCUACACCUACGGCCCCGGCGGCGCAGAAAUAGUGCAAAGCAUCGCCUUGCUCGACCCCGCUUCAAAAGAAUACAAAGAAACACUAAUGAAGACUCUUCAGCCCUUCUACUCCAAGCUACCGGGUUACGACGCCUCGUCGCCCGAUUGCGUCCCCAGUACUAUUCUGGCUACGCGCUGGCAGGCAGAUCCGUACGCCGGGUAUGGAUCUUACUCCAAUUUCCAGGUUGGGCUUGAGCAGGGCGAUCGGGAUAUUGAGGCUUUGCGCGCUGGGGCGGGUGCGGGGCCGGAGCGGGGCCUGUGGUUUGCUGGUGAGCAUACUGCGCCUUUUGUGGCGCUGGGUACUACUACUGGUGCUUAUUGGAGUGGUGAGAGGGUUGCUGGGCAGGUUUGCGAGAGGAGGGGGUUGAGGUGUGUUGGGGUUUCUGGUGGAGUGGAUGAUUCUUUGCCUUCGGGUGGUGCGAAGCUGUAG